AAAAACAAAAAAAACAAAACAAAACAAAAAAACGCACGAAAUUCGGCGGAGUUUCGCUUUCACGGUUACGGCUGAAUAACGGGGGUGAAAGAAAAAUUCGCGCUAGAGAAUAAAUCUCACCGGGGCACUGACACGCCUUGUACCCCAGGGCUGUGUUUGAUUCAGUCGGUAAGACGUCCAUUUCGACGGAGAAGGCGAAGGGAGCACCCUCACUAGCCUACGUUGAUUUUAUCAGCAGCAUUAGUUUUGGAUGUACAGUCAUCAGACCUCACCUAUAAGAGAAUCGCUGCGACUCCGAUGUGUGUGUCCUUUAUUUUAUAUUCCUACGGGCUCCAUCUAUUUAAAAAAAUUUUUUAUUUUUUUUUGAGCAUUACAACUGAAUCAUCGGGUCGCUGGAAAGGGUGAUGGACAUAAAACUGAAACAAGAUGCGGGGAUUUUUAACGCGCUUUGCCCAAUUCUCCCGUGGUUCCUAAAAUGCCAGCUCCAUGUAUCCUGAGUCCGGUGGUGGUCGUCGGAUGGACGGUGGCGUCAAAAUAUGUCCGUAUGCAUCGAUGGAAAUACGGCCAAGGAAUGAUCUGAAAUAUUCGGCAUGAUCAAGUAAUUGCGAUGCCACCGAUGAACAGUUAUAAGAGACUGUAUGAAUUCGAGUUACGCUUCGUCUAUUUUCCAUGCCGUUUUGAAUUAUACUACGGAAAAGACAUGACUCUGUUGCCGUGAUGUUAAAGUGGUGUUUUCGUUUUUUAAAAAUCCAUUUUGUACGCUCUGUUUCCGAUCCUUCGCCUGCUCGCUCGUUCGGGCUUCUACUCUUGAUAGCCGGAUAUAAUUUCCUUCUCUUUAAUCCCGAGGCGACGGAUUGACGGCUAUUUACAGUAAUAACAUGGGACAGAGACUUUAAGAGACCCUUUAAAAUUGGCGUUGUCGUUAAGCCCGUCGUAGGCGGCCACACUGACUGGCGUUGGACGCGCGUUUAGACAGAACAUUUUAAAAGAGCGUCGGUCGAUUCACGGGAAGAAAAUUGCUCAUCCGCACUAACAGAAACACAUGGCAUUAGACAGAAAAUAAAAAGGCAACGUAACGUAGUCUCGAUCAUUUUCGGUCAUAUUACUGUGAUCUCCCACAGCUGUGCCUGCAGAAGCGUAUAGUGCCCUUAUGAAUAGCAUGUAGGCUAAUUGUAACAACAAUAAUAUACCUGCAAGGGACGACUAGAUAACUACCAAAACAAUACCGGAUUAACAACAACAACCACGAUAGUCUUUCGCUACAAUCAUUCAUCGGUCUGAUUUCACGUCUGGCACACCAUAUACACAUGUAGUCAAAGAUGUUCAAGAACCGGAUCCGCAUGUUUCUCAACGAACUGAAGGUACUGGUUUUCAUGCGAUCCGGUUCUAGACAGCCCGAUACAGACGUAGACCCAAACAGACGAUCUGCCAUGCGAGGGCUCGCUAUGGGCGGCUGCGGAUGGCCAGCCUUUGCCGACUGCUCUAGCCGGGACGACGAAGAGGAAUACUACGGAAGCGAUCCCAGGCCGAGAAGCCUGGCCUUCGAGGAGAAAGACCCCAGGCUACAGGCGGGCCUGGACUCCGUCUCCCUGACAAGCAGUGCGGGAAGCGGCAUGCGAACGCCCCAAUGUCGGAUCUGUUUCCAAGGACCUGAGCAGGGGGAGCUCUUGAGCCCGUGCCGCUGUGAUGGCUCAGUGCGCUGCACGCAUCAGCCCUGCCUGAUACGCUGGAUCAGUGAGAGGGGCUCCUGGAGCUGUGAGCUCUGUUACUUCAAAUACCAAGUGCUAGCUAUCAGCACUAAGAACCCCUUGCAGUGGCAGGCCAUCUCGCUGACGGUGAUCGAGAAGGUGCAGAUCGCGGCCAUCGUGCUUGGCUCGCUCUUCCUCAUCGCCAGCAUCUCCUGGCUGGUGUGGUCCUCGCUCAGGUCCCUCGGCAAGUGGCAGCGGCAGGACCUGCUCUUCCAGAUCUGCUACGGAAUGUACGGCUUCUUGGACAUUGUGUGCAUAGGCCUUAUCAUCCACGAGGGCUCCUCAGUAUACAGGAUUUUUAAACGCUGGCAAGCGGUCAAUCAGCAAUGGAAAGUGUUGAACUACGAGAAGGCUAAGGACUUGGGAGACCCGAUCAGCACCAGCAGCAAGGCAGGGGCCCGCGGCUCGCGCGCCAACCCCCACGCUUUGGCCGGCGGUGGCAGGGGAGGCCAGCGGGUCCGGAGGCUCAGGACACUCCUCAACCACCACUGCGGCUACACCAUACUGCACAUCCUGAGCCAGAUCCGGCCCAGCGACGGUCGCCUCGGCACCGCUGCCAACCGCGAGGUGGUGAUGCGGGUCACGACGGUAUGAGACGUGCCGGCCAGACUCCACGAGAGCUCACGCGUGUCGAAAACCGAACGCUUUAGCGGUCCGUCGGGGAAUGACAACUGCGCGGAGCAAAGACUUACCAAACUGUGCGCGGAGCGGGAGCUGCGUCACGUCUCAGCGGAUGGCGUGCCGAGACGAGCAAAACGCGUACGUUUGUCAUAACCCAGAAGGGAGAACUUCAACAUGCUGACAUGCAUUAAUAAACAUUGGAAUUACAUGGUUCAUAAACAGAAAUGGGAAAACAAAGAAAAAACUUUUUCUCUUGUGAUCUAACACACGACUGCAUUUCUAUUUCGUUCCUUCUCUGGUGUUGUCUACCAGUAUGGUUUCUACCAGUAUGGUUUCUACCAGUAUGGUUUUUACUAUGUUUCAUUUUCUAAAGGGGGUGUGAUUUACUGACUGAAACUGCUGUAUUACAUAUAUAAUGACUUCAAAAGGACUGACACGGUGAUGUUUACGAAUGCUUCUGACAAGCAGAAAAACCAGUCAUAACCAAACAGUAACAAUAUUACAACAACCAGGGAACAAGUCAUUCUUUACAAUAUACCGAUUAAUUCAUUUGACACAAAUAUAAUGAGGGGUAGGGUGCGAUAAGGAAAACAUAGGAUUACAAAGUGAGUUAAAACAAUAUUAAAAAGAUUUGAUCUCUGCAAUAAAGAUACCUGUACAUUUUACAGUGAACUUUGCAUGAGGGUAAAGUUUAAUGCCUCGACGUGCGGACACGAUGAGUCUGUUUUAUUCAGAAUGGUGCUCGUUUUAAUAAA